UUCUAGUUUGUCAAAGCAACACAUCGGGUAGGUGAGAUACGUAGGCGAGAUAACAUAUAUCACAUUUGAUACAAACUUUGCAAUGUCGAGCUCAGACUCCCCUUCUAGAGUGCGCGUGACUCUGUUGAAUGUCGACAACGGACAAAAGGCGGCAGUCGUAUUAAAGUCAGACUAUAAUGCUAUCGUAGCUGCGUGCAAGAAUAAACUGCGUAAGCGUGCCAAAGGUAAAAGCCCCUUAUAUCUAUGGACUAGCUCACCCGGUAUAACUUUGCUGUCCGAGAGCACUAUCGAAAGCGUAGUCGACGGCAAGACGAUUUAUGUCGCAAAUUUCCCACCUCAGGAAUGCGAAGGUGAUGACGAGACCCAACAAGGUGUGUUGUCGUGCAUGUCUUCCCGCAAGGCGUUGGCUGCUGUCGCACAGUAUCCACGUGCACAUGGGUGUACAUAA